GUCCCCUGAGAGCCUAGCUUAGUUGAGAAACAGGCAAGAAUAUCGAAGCUAAUAGGUGCUAGCUAGCUAGCUAAAUUUACCCUAAUAAUAGGCAAACACAUACGGCGAUAGUUGCAAUUUCCAGACGCCAAUGUGUUAAGUUUUGUGGUGUUCAUUUAGCAAAAUGUCAACCCCAGCAAGACGACGUUUAAUGAGGGAUUUUAAACGACUUCAAGAGGAUCCCCCAGCUGGAGUAAGCGGAGCCCCGUCAGAAAAUAAUAUCAUGGUCUGGAAUGCAGUCAUUUUUGGGCCCGAAGGAACUCCUUUCGAAGACGGAACAUUCAAGCUCACGAUAGAAUUUACAGAAGAAUACCCAAAUAAGCCCCCGACAGUUCGUUUUGUCUCAAAAAUGUUUCAUCCAAAUGUAUAUGCAGAUGGUAGUAUAUGUCUGGACAUUCUUCAGAAUCGCUGGAGUCCAACCUAUGAUGUAUCUUCAAUCUUAACCUCAAUACAGUCUCUACUGGAUGAACCAAACCCCAAUAGUCCAGCCAAUAGCCAGGCGGCUCAGCUGUAUCAAGAGAACAAGCGGGAAUACGAGAAGCGAGUUUCAGCCAUCGUAGAACAGAGCUGGCGAGACUGUUGACCCCCAACCCCCCCUCCUCCUCCACAACCCACCUCUCUUCAACUGUUCACCAAGUAUGAACAAACAAUACCCAGCCUUGAUACGAUGGGAGGGCAAGAGUAGGAGUCAGUCAGUCAGUCUGGCCAUACCCAAGAAUAAAAUAAAAAACACACAUCAUGUUUUUGAAUCCUACUCCUGUUACUCUUGUAGACUUGUCUGUUCCUUAGCUGUUUGCGAGGUUUAGAGUGAUGUUGUGUUGUGAUCUCUCACUCUUAUGCAGGAAACCCCCCUGUCUUCUCUCCUCCCUACACCUCCCCUAAAGGCACAGUUAUACCGAACUAAAUGUACCACGUUGUGCCUGGGUUACUUGCAACAACACAUUCUCUUCUUUUUUUUCUUUAACCAUCACCCUGGAAAUUUGAUUUUUUUUUAAUAUAUAUAUUUGCCAUGUUUUUAAUUGGAGUUUGCCCCCUUAAAGAUGCAAGUUUUGUUUCUUUAAAAGUUGCAUUGUUUUGGAGUCAUUUUGAUUUGUUUUUCUCAUAGUUUCCAGUCUGGUGAAUGAGGUGUCACAAAAGCAUCAUGUUUUCUUUGACCCUUCUGUUUG